AUGGCUAAUAGCUCAUCCACCUUCUCGCUCGCUGGCAAGGGCCUCAAGAUCGACACCAAAGAAGAUCUCGAAAAGCAUAUUGAGCCACUCACAUCUUCCUCCACAAAGACCACCCACAUCGAUCUCUCGGGAAACACGUUAGGAGUAUCGGCCUGUGCCGCGCUUGCGCCCAUACUUUCCUCACAAUCUGCGCUGGAGUCCGCCGACCUGCAUGAUAUCUUCACAUCCCGCCUCCUCGAAGAAAUCCCUCCGGCACUAGACUCACUUCUCACUGCACUCCUUGACUGUCCGAACCUGCACACGAUAGACCUCAGUGACAAUGCAUUCGGCCUCAACACGAAAGAUCCCCUCGUGGAUUUCCUCUCGAAACAUACUCCACUUAAACACUUGAUCCUGAAUAACAAUGGCAUGGGUCCGAUUGCGGGCACAGCCAUCGCCGAGGCACUAUGCAAACUGGCCGAGAGGAAGGAGGCUGCACGAAAAGAAGGAAAGGAUGUCCCAUACCUGGAGAGUAUUGUCUGCGGGAGGAAUCGACUGGAGAACGGAAGCAUGGCUGCAUGGGCCAAGGCUUACGAGGCGCACAAGGUCGGCAUCAAGAGCGUGAAGAUGACGCAGAACGGCAUUCGACCUGAAGGCAUCUCACAUUUAAUCACUUCCGGUCUAUCGAAAUGCGAAAACCUCGAGAUCUUCGAUUUGCAGGACAACACGUUUACGAUCAAGGGCGCUCAGGCACUGGCAAGAGCAGUUCAUGGAUGGUCAAGUCUCAAAGAGCUCGGUGUUGGUGAUGACCUUCUCGGCGCUCGAGGAUCCAUCAAGGUCUUUGAAGCCCUUGCGAGUGGGAACAACAAGGAUGUCGAAGUUCUCCGGUUGGCAUAUAACGACAUCACUCCAGCUGGUGUCAAGGCGUUACUGCAGGCUGCCAAGGAUGGUCUUCCCAAACUCCGGCGUAUCGAAUUGAACGGCAACAAGUUUGAGGAGGACGACGAAAGCAUCGAAGAAUUGGCGGCACUUCUGAGCGGAAGGAAGGACGAGAACGCCAAGGACGAUGACCCGGACGACCAUUGGGGGCUGGACGAACUCGAUGAGCUUGAAGGCGAGGACGAAGACGAGGAAGAAGACGAAGCUGAAGAGGAGGAGGAGGAUGAAGAGGAGGUCCGAGAAAGCGUGUUAAAAGACGCGGACCAGGCAGAAAAUGCUACGGUGAGCCAGAAGAAGGAUGCCGAUGUCGAUGACUUAGCUUCUGCUCUUGAGAAGACGCAUGUAUAA